AACGCAACGUUUAGUAACAUUGAAGGGGACUCGGAGAGAAUCGACGAUUGCAAAUGGGUAUCGAGAUUUGUCGAAUGGUCAGCGAUCUACGACACGUUUAAGAACAGUUUAGACGUAACAACGUAAUUUUGAUAGAUCGCGGAGUUUCUUCCUUUCACGUCUCUCCAUCAAGUCACAUUUUAAAUCUCAGUAUUACGAAAUUCGUGUAGGAGCAAAUUAACUAUCAACAGGUAUUGGAAACGAUCUAAACUCAUCAGCAACGAUCUCGUGCUUGCAUAAACUAACCUGAUAUAUGUCAAAUUGUGCAAACAGAAUUGUCUUGUAUUUACGACGAUUAAAAAUUCCAAAUUUAUCUUUACGUUGGCCAUCGAAUUACAAUGGCAUUUAACGGGACAUCAAAUUGUAUUAUAUUUGAGAAGAUAUAUAGAUGUAAAAUUGAUUAAAGCGAGGAGAUACGCCUCUUUGACUUUAUUUCUGAAUAUUCGGAAUAUCGUUAUAUCUUUUAGUGGACCGGAAACGAGUCAUAAGGAUCGCACACGCGUACAUUAAUGACUCUAAUAUCAUGGAUUUUGAAAAUAUUGAAUGUGAUUAUUCAUCCUCGAACCUGUUUAAUGUUGUGCUUAUACGAGAGAGCGGUUUCUCCCAGGACGCGCAAUAUCGAUCACGUAAAUCGCCACGUAAAAAGCUCAAGGUAGCACGAACGUCGGCGUCGCUGGUGAUCGACCAGCUGAAAAAUGUCUUUUGGUGCCCCGACGAUUUUACGUCGCGCGUACGAACGCGUCGGAACUGGUAUCCGGAAUUCUUGAUGUGGCACCUUCGUAAUAAUCGAUGCGAUUGUAAGGAACGAUGCAACGCGAUAUUGCGAAGCGAUAAGCGAAACUUCAUCCCGGUAGCCCCCAAGAUCUACUCCAUCGGCUUGCAUUCCGGUGCGAGAAAUUUGAGCGAUAGCGAUAAUCUCUCGAGCUUGUGCGGCGCGAUAAGAAACUUUAGGAAACGUUUUAGUAUCGUUCGCAGACCUAUGAUCGCAUGUAAAUAUGUCACGCAAUCAACUUCAACGUCAAGCCUGUUAAUAGACGCGUCUCUUAAAGCGAAUAACACAGAUCGCCAAGCUGUGGCAAUUGAUUGUACCGAAUCGACGGAGAUUACUCCUAAAUUCAAUCGAACCCAAGAGAGUAAUCGUAAUUCUCAUCACAGCCAGUCACACGUACAUGUCGAAAAGAACGAAAAUACAUCGGACACUUUGCGGAACGAUCGUACCGCCGACGAUCGUUCCUUUAUACGUGACGACUUUAAGGACCCUUAUGUGAGAGAAGAUCAGAAAUGUAGUAGCACCCCUACGACCAGAGACGCGCAGAUUCAAACCUCGAACAGAAAGAGCUCGCGACGAAGGAAAACGAAGAGAAGAUCGAAGCUGACGACCGAAAGGAUCUCUCGUCACAGACACUGCGACGACGAGCCACGAAUCGUCACAAAUUUUCGCACCGGCUCGAACAGAAGAAACCAUCGCGACGAACCGUGGCUACGUGUUCGCGUUCUGGAGGACAAGCGUGCCGAAUAUAUCAAUAAAUUCACGGCCGUGAAUCGACAGAUAGAGGAGAUAACAGCGGCGCUACGGGAAACCUGCUGCGAUGGCGAGAACUCGCGAGAUAAUCUCGAGAAUUGUGACGAAUACUUUUCAUCGAUAUCCGACGACGCGAAAGUAAAUAGUAUGGUGGUAAAUUGGAGUGGCGUCGACAACAGGUCGACAAUUGCGAGAGAAAGAAACACAUCGAAGGAGAAGAGCGGUUCGGUAAACGUUAAAAGGAUCGUCGGAGAAUCGAAAAGCGAUCGACGGAAAAAUGUAUGGAAGAUUUUGCACGUUGGUAAUCUCAAUAAUGAAACGGUCUCGUUUCCAAAGGAUUCUAUUGCUGCCUCAAGAAAUCCUGAAAAAAUUCCAAACGAUGCUUUCAGAUGUGAUUCAGUUCGAUCGACGAAGGAAACAGUUUAUACUUCAAAUAGAAUUUCCUGGAACAAGAUGAAGGAAAAAUGCCGCUUCGUCAAACCAAUGUCAUUUGAUCUGAAUGAAAAGAAGAACGAGGAUGAUGAACUUCGAUCAGAAUUCUCAAUCGAAAAUAAAGUUUCCGAUCGAGUUUGUCUAAAGAAUAAUUUUACGAUCUUAAACAAUAAUGAGCAUGCGAAAGAUUUAGCAAAAAGCCCUGUCGAUUUAGAAGAACCGAGAUAUUGUAAGAAGAUCGUGGAGGAGAAGGUAGGCGAGAUGGCCAUUCUGAAGGAUAUCAAGAAGAGGAUCGACAGAGACUUCGACGAUCCCCCGGCCGAGGUGAGCGAGAACGACACGGAGGACUUUUUCACCGCUUCCCGAAAAAGCAGCGAUCUCGAUCGUUAUAACGUCACGGCCGAUGUGACGAUCGGGGAAGUCAGAUCCACACCGUUGAUCGCGUCAACGAGUCUCGACCCGGCCGAGACGCAGAUACACGACUCGACGUCAAUUAGCGCCAUGAGCGAGCGCUCGAACAAGAAUUCCACGCUUUCCAAGUACUUCUCCUGUACGCGGAUCCCGAGCUUGAUUUCGUUAACGGAGAACGAGGACGCGCUCGCUGUCGGGGCUGUGGAUCGCAGUACAAUUGACUUGCACUCCUAUCCACAUUCGAGCUACCAUUAUUACGACUUAUGCUCGAACUUGAGUCUGAACAACCACUCGCUGUCGAACUUGGACUCCAAUCUCGAUCGUUCGCGUACCUUGGAAUAUGUCGUUCGUUACGAUCCAUCCGUACGGUAUAAAUCCUCCCCUAAAUUUCUAAUUGAAAUGGCAAAGGAGCCGAACGAGAUGAUCGAGGAUUGCGAGAGUUUCGCGGUGAAUAAAAGUUACGAAUGGCUAUGUCCUCAUCUCGGGGAGAGCGAGGGAAGAGGAAAGGAACGGCGAGCUGAGAAGCGGUGCACGGCCGACUCCACGCUGGAAACGUCGAAAUCGUCGAGGUGCGUCGGUUCAAUGGACUCGGGCGUGUUCAGCUCAUCCCUGAUCGAUCUUCGCACCACCGAGGGCUCGUUCGACGCCAGCAAAUCGAAAUUUAAGAAGAAACGCCGCGCCGGAAAGCACGAGAGAAACCUGUCGGCCGCCGCCGAUUUCGGCACGGACGGCAGUUGUACCGACGAUACGCUCGAUCGGAAGGUGAACGACGUAGUGAAAGAUCUCACGAAGAAUCUGAUACUCUGCGAAAGGAGGGCGAGGAUGAAGCUGAGGGCGAGAGACGUGCGUUACUCUCGACACGUCCUGUCGCGCGCCUGCAAGCUUAAUAGAAAUUUUUACAACACUUGCUGUGACUUCUUCUAUUCGCCUCGACGGUCCAGCGAAGAUGAGAGAAUCGUCAGUAUCUCCACGCCGUCGCUCUUAUCGUUAUCGGAUUCCGAAAUUGAAGAUUGUGAAUCGAGACACGUCAAUAUGUCCUUUGUUAAUUCAAAUGUAUAUCCAUAAUUGACAAUAUAAAAGGCGAAGCAGCGCUUUUCACACUUUUAUUGUAAA